CGGGAGGCUGUGGAGCUUGGAGGCCGCGGAUGCCCUCCGGCUCGGCGUCCUCCGUCGGCCUCAGCUUCCAGCCCGACCGGCCGGCCGGAGGGUAUGGAGCCCGAGGCGGGAGGAAAAGGCGCAGCUGGCGGGAGGGGAGGUGGGAGCCCUCGCUCUCUCUGAGCCGAAGCCGCUUACCUGGCCGAAGAGGGGAGCGGGUUCCCUUGGCCGGCCUUGCGUUGGGUGGCGUUACAUCCAGUCUUGGGAAACACAACUUCCAGCAGCCACAUGGGAUGCUACUCAGGUGCCAUCUGAAACGAGCUCUUCCCCAGAAGGUCUCAUGCAGGUUCUGUGCAGUGAUGGGGAAACUGCAGAGCAAACUCAAAUACAGCACUUAUAAAUACAGCAGGCCCGAUGGAUUUAGAGACGAGAGAAUUCAAACUAAAGCUUUUCAAGAGUAUAGCCCAGCUCACGUGGAUACCGUCUCUGUUGUUGCUGCUCUGAACUCAGACCUCUGUGUCUCCGGAGGAAAAGAUAAGACAGUUGUGGCCUAUAACUGGAGAACUGGAAAUGUGGUGAAAAGGUUGAAAGGACAUGAGCAUGAAAUCACAAAGAUAGCUUGUAUUCACAAAUCAGGCCAGUUCUUCAGUGCCUCUCGCGACAAGACGGUCAUGAUGUGGGACUUGCAAGGCUCCUCACAACCAAGGCAGCAGUUCUCCGGCCACACCAUGGUGGUCACUGGAUUGGCUGUGAGUCCAGACACAUCACAGCUGUGCACUGGGUCUCGUGACAACACCCUGCUUCUGUGGGACGUGGGGACCGGACAGUGUGCGGAGAGAGCGUCAGUCUCCAGGAACCUGGUCACUCACCUGUGCUGGGUCCCCAGAGAACCUUAUAUACUCCAGACCUCUGAAGAUAAAACCAUCAGAUUAUGGGACAGUCGGGGGCUGCAGGUAGCUCAUAUAUUUCCCGCAAAGCAGCACAUCCAGACCUACUGCGAGGUCAGUGAGGAUGGACACAAGUGUAUCUCCUGCAGCAGCGGCUUUGGAGGGGAAGGCUGUGAAGCCACGUUGUGGGACCUAAGGCAGACGCGGAACAGAAUCUGUGAGUACGAGGGGCACUUCCAGACUGUAGCAUCCUGUGUCUUUCUACCAAGAGCAUUAGCCUUGAUGCCUGUGAUUGCUACCUCAUCGCAUGACUGCAAGGUGAAGAUCUGGAACCAAGACAGUGGAGCCUGCCUUUUCACCUUGUCUCUGGAUGGAUCAGGACCUUUGACUUCCCUGGCUGUGGCUGACACCGUCUCCUUAUUGUGUGCAAGUUUCAGCAGAGGAAUUCGCUUACUCAGGGUGGACCAUAGCCGAGGGCUGGAACUGCAGGAAGUGGCAGGAUUCUGAGGCCAAGACACCUUCACUGGACAAUAGCAAACUGUGGCCCCUUCUUACUCAGUGUGACUUUGUGUUUUUCCAUGUUCUCUUGCGGGGAGGGCCAUGUGGAACUGGUGUUCUUUGCUUAAGCUCCCUUGGAAGGUAUAUCAGUGUUAGGAGUCAAUUUAAGUCUAGUGGUUCAAACUCAGGUGCAGAGAUUAGAAAUAUGGACUCAACCAUAAGGUUCUCAAACUAAGUUAAAUCCAAAUGCAAUUUUUAGUGAGCUUUGGGGACUGCUCUUCAAAAAAAUGUUUAUGGGCCUCUCGCUUUCUGAGAUGGCCCACACUCUGUCCGUGGCGUGUGUUUCUCCCAAGGCUGUCUCGCCUUCUGAGACAGACCGCGUUCUGUCUAUGGAAUGUGUAUCUCUCUCUAAAAAAAAGUUUAUGGCUUGGAAUGAUGACCUGUAGGUAUAAGAGUGAUAGGCCUCUGUCUGUGAGAGUCAGAACACAGGUCUGAGUCUAUUGAACUGACCUUUUCCAUGUCUCCACGAAAGAAGAAAAUGCAGCGGAGAGAGAAACUCAGUUUUGGUUGCCUCGCAAUUAUCUAGAUGGGAAAGAAUAGUGCAGCUCCAUGGAGGAAAUGGAUUGUAGACAUGAGAUUAAGCUCUAAUCACAGCCCCUCAGCAGUGUGAAGAAUCAAAGUUAGGCCAAGAAAGCAAAAGCCUUGGCUUCUACUCGGCAUAGUCGCAGAGGGGAAGUGGCAAAUCCCUAGACCGGUGCUAGGGCUACACGAACACAAGACCUGCACUGGCGUGAAGAGGCCGACCACCGCAGCGCCUCGCCCACAGUUAGAUGAGUUAUCAAACCCAUUCCGUGGAUAAGAAAACGGAGAGAUGAAGGCUAAAAAAAUUGCAUUUGUAUAGUUUAACAUUUUUACUUAGUUUUAUAUAACUCUUUCUGGGGAAUGGCCAGAAUAAGGCAAAGGGAAUCUCUGCAACAACAAUGGAACAUAUAGAAAAAAGCAGAAA